UCUUGUGUCUAUCCAUCCAUUGGGAUAUGAACAUGAGAGAGGUAGUUUGCAGAGAACACGUGACUCCCUUAUCACUAUUGAGUUUCUAAAAGUUCAAAAAGAAAAGAAAUUUAAAAACAAAAAAAUUCACACAACCUCUGCUAUAUAAACAUAAAGCCACAUAUUUUACACCCAUCAGAUUUCAUCAUCGAUUUAGAAGUCUCUAAUUCUUUGGUGAUCUUUUUGGCUAUAAAAUUAGAAAGGAAAAACUCUCUAAUCCUUCACCUCAUACAUACAUCAAGCGGCCAAAGUCUAAACACAGAAAGAAAAGUCAGUGGGUCAGAAAAGAUUCUUGGGUUGGGAGGAUCAUCAUAUUUGGAGUGAUCAUGUUUACCAUUUCAAAGGGAUUUGCUGUUAUAUCUGCAACUAAGAACCUCCAUCUACCGUUCAUAAAAGAUAUAUUUGCAUCAGGGCGCACAAGAUUUUUGGAAUGGGUGGUUUCGGAAAAUCAGUGAACUACUCGUUGACACUGGUGUUGUAGCUAUAGAUCGUCACCAUUUUGGAAGCCUUGCCCCUGGGUCGCCUCCCUUUGAUGAUAUAAGGACUAUGAAUCGAAUAUGUAUUUAACUACUCAUUAGUAUAUGUUUAGAAUGUUGGUACUAGGAUGCUAACAAUCAUGCCUUCUCUUGUAAUAGGUAAUCAAUGUAAUGACAGAAUAUUUAUAUGAUACUACCUCCACAAAAUGGUUCCUACCUACGUAUUUUUGGUCGGAAGGUGCCAAGUUCGUACGUCCCAGUGAUCGUAUGACGUCAUGUGCUAGGACACACAAACUUUGUCGUCUCGCAAGAUUUAAUGGGCGACUGAAGGAUUGCAUGCAGUUGUUGUACCUAGACUCCGUUUUUCAUGAUGACAUAUUGUCGGUAUUUGGGAUGGGGUGGACGUUCUCCUCCUUUUCUGUUGUGUCCCUAUUGGUUGCCAAUCUCAUCCAACCUAAUGCUGUGAAUUGUGGCAUUUUUUUCAUAAGACACAUGCAAUAUUAUCGUCAAUUGUGGUAUGACCAGUACAACUCUAAUGUACAACGAAUGCGACUUGCUAUUGAGUUGCUUCGAAAUAAAAAAAAUCAAUUGCGUGAUGCGAUAAUACGUGAAGCAUUGAAAGUGAUGAAAAAUGGAUAUGAUUUUAUGGCAAAGGGGAACAAGAUUGGUAAUGUUGAGGUUAAAGACAAGGAUGUGGCGGAUGUCACCGUUAAAAGAAAGAGGGUUUAUAUUCGGAAACAAAAAAAAUCAGCAGUGACUAUACCAGAAACACGUACAGGUCGCGUUCAGCCUAGACCUCGGCACCGCUAACAAGGUUAGGUAAUGGGACUCUAAUGACUGACCAGUAUAUAUUUUUGUGAGCUUAGAUCUGAUGCUGUGAUGGUAUUGGUUUUGGUGCAUACCCUAUAUUUUUGGAAGGAGGGUCACCAUGGUAUAACAUGACAACUUGUUUGUUUUUUGUAAAGUGGUUUUCAAAGGCUUGUGACCAUGGUUAGGUAGGACACCUUUUUUGUACAUCUAAGUCGAAUGUCCUAUUUGGUGUCCUUUUUUCGGUUUCCAUAUUAUAGAUUAUGACUAGCACAGGGUGUGAAAAUGUAACAGAGGAUGUGAAAAUGCAAUUUGGUGAAGUUAAUAUGUUAACUUUGUUGGGUAAUCAUAUGUACGAACAAAUGAUGAAGUUAAUAUGUUAACUUUAUUUUGUGCUGCU